AUAAGCGCUUGCGCGAGGCUGGAGCUGAGCGCAUCUCUGAAAGCGUAUAGAGAAGAUGAGGCACAGCCCUCCCGGAGGGACUGUUUAUACGUGAUAGAGGAAUCAUUUAUUUGUCUGAUGAAAAUGGAUGGAAAUACAUAAGGGCUUUCUUCAGUCCCGUGAUUAAUAAUCAGAAUAACGGUGCGUGUUUCAAUGAGCGUGUCCUCUGAAUCGUCGUCCUACUGAAACACAUAUACAGUCCUCGUUUUAUGGGGAUGAUCGAAGAUGGAAGACAAAAGCCUUCGUGUAGCAGACUACUUUGUGGUGGCAGGACUCACCGACUCAUCUAAGCCCUUCGAGGAAGAUGUCCACCCUGAGGAUGGUGGUCAUAGGAGUUCAGCCCAGCUCAAGGCGCCCAUCACUGAUGUGACUGUGGUGAUUCGCUCCCUAGGGGAGGAAGUACCUCGAGGGUAUACCUGCGUUGAAUGCACCCCCUCUGGACUUCCUGCCGAACUGAAUGGAGGAAGCCUCAUGGGGCCGCAGAUCUUCCUCUGCUAUAGGAGAGGCAGAGACAAACCACCGCUCACAGACCUGGGCGUCCUCUUUGAGUGGAAGGAGAAACUGAAGCCAGAUUGUCAAAUUAUACAGACUACGCCCUCUGGCCGCCCCGCUAAUAUCAGUAGCUCCUCCUCCCAAAGGAUCUACAUCACAUAUCGGCGUGCCUCUGAGAAUCACUCUCACACCACGCUGGCUGUCACAGACAUCUGUGUCAUUAUUCCCGGCAAGGGAGAGACACCACCACAUGCUUUCUGCAAAGUGGACAAGAAUCUCAACAGCAGUAUGUGGGGGUCCUCUGUGUACUUGUGCUACAAAAAAUCUUUGGCCAAAACCAACACACUUGCAUUCAAAGCAGGUCUUUUGUCCAGAUAUCCAGAGGAGGAUUAUGAUUCCUUUCCUUUGCCUGAAUCCGUGCCCCUGUUUUGCCUGCCGAUGGGAGCGUCGAUUGAGUGCUGGCCCUCUCAUACCAAAUAUUCUCUUCCUGUCUUUUCAACAUUCGUUCUCACAGGCGCCUCCGGAGAGAAGGUUUAUGGUGCCGCCAUCCAGUUCUAUGAGCCCUACCCAGAAGAACAUUUGACUGACAAGCAGCGAUCUCAGCUGGGCCUGCAGGCUAACGGGCUCAGGCCUGAUGGAUCCAUGACUGUCCACACCAACAAAAGCAUCUGCCUUCUCUCUCACUGGCCCUUUUUUGAUGCUUUCUGUAACUUCCUGACCUUCCUCUACAGAUACUCCAUCUCAGGUCCACACACUCUGCCCAUUGAAAAGCAUAUUUCCCAUUUCAUGCACAAGGUUCCUUUCCCUUCCUCACAAAGGCCACGUAUCCUGGUGCAGCUGUCUCCACAUGAUAGCCUGAUGCUGAGCCAGCCUGUUUCCUCUCCACUCCCUCUGAGUGGCGGAAGGCUCUCUACACUGCUGUUGAACCUUGGCCCAAAAAAUGCAGCGACUCUGCUGGUGUUGGCUGUGACUGAACAUAAGAUCCUAGUUCACUCCUUACGUCCAGCUGUUCUUACCAGCGUUACCGAGGCCCUGGUGUCGAUGAUUUUUCCCUUCCACUGGCCAUGCCCAUACAUUCCUCUCUGCCCGCUGGCCCUGGCAGAUGUGCUCAGUGCUCCAUGCCCUUUCAUUGUAGGGGUGGACUCACGGUACUUUGACCUCUAUGAGCCACCAACGGACAUAAGCUGUGUGGACCUGGACACCAACACUAUAACUCAUAAAGAAGAGCGCAGAUCCCUGACCUGGAAGAUCCUGCCAAGAAAAGCCUGUAAACAUCUGAUCAACACCCUCAGCAAUCUCCACCAGCAACUGGAUGAGGGUUAUCAGAUGAGUCGUGAGGAAGGACAGAUGGAGGCCUUCAUGAGCGAGCGGGAACCUGGCAGUGGUGGGAAAAGUCUGGAAACCUUGGAGCUAGAGAUCCAGGAGGCUUUCCUGCGCUUCAUGGCAGCCAUCUUGAAAGGCUACCGUUCAUACCUGUUGCCCAUCACACAGGCUCCAUCUGAAAAAGCAACUGACGCCAGUUCACUCUUCGAUCUGCAAGGCUUUUUGAAGAGUCGUGAUCGAUCCCAUCAAAAGUUUUACUCCCUCAUGACCAAGACUCAGAUGUUCAUUCGUUUCAUCGAAGAGUGCUCUUUUGUCAGCGAUAAGGAUGCAAGCCUUGCUUUCUUUGAUGACUGUGUUGACAAGUUAUUCGGUACGGAGAAAGGGGGGAAGGUGGACAGUGAUAAGCCAGAAGACACAAGGCUUAUUGAACUUGACAAAUCCCACCGCAGCGAGCACACGGUCUACAUAACCCCUCCAGAGCUGCCAGCACUUCCAGAAGGAGAAGAGCCACCUAUGGUUUAUAGCUACAGUGGGUUUCCGGUACUGAACGCCCAACUCUGUGAGCUUCAGGAUGGUCCCAGAGUCCCCAAAGCAACAUCAGCUGUGAGACACAUCAGUCCCAUCAGCCCAGCUGCCAUUUUCAGGCGUUCCCAACAGGAGAUCAAAUCAGCCCAGAGGAUGGCUAAGACGUACUCCUCCAUCCCACAGAUGUGGUCCAAGUGUCUGCUCAGACAUUGUCACGGCCUGUGGUUCAUCUGCCUGCCUGCGUAUGUCAGCGCUUGCCACUCAAAGGUGCGGGCGCUGCAUACUGCUUACGACGUGCUGAGAAACAUGCAGGACAAAAAGUUGCAGCCCCCUGAUGAGGUGUGUUACCGGGUCCUGAUGCAGCUGUGUGGGCAGUAUGGACAGCCUGUUCUUGCUGUCCGGGUUCUUUUUGAAAUGAAGAAAGCCGGAGUGCAGCCUAAUGCCAUUACCUAUGGAUACUACAACAGGGCCGUUCUGGAGAGCACGUGGCCUUCCUCCACCAGAGGGGGAUACUUCCUGUGGGGAAAGCUGAGAAAUGUGGUUCGGGGUGUGGUGCUGUUCAAACAAGUAUGGAGGAGGCAGACCACCCACCCAAAAGACACCCAUCUCUCUGAUGCCAGUGAUCUCGACAAUGUCAGCCAUGGCAGUCUGGACAGCUCUAACGAUUCGGCAGAACGAGUUUCCAUUGAUACAGACUUCACUAAAAUGGAUUCCAGUGAUGACAGAUCCAGCACAGGUGGUCAGUCUGAUCAGGGCUACGAUUCUCUGUCUAAAGAGGAGGUGAGGUUAGGAGGAGGUGAGGAGCAGAACUUCUCUCCAGACAUGAAGGAGAAGAAGGACAGAAACUCUUGCCCAUUGUCCCAGACUGUACUCACAAAGAAAGAGGAUUCAUCUCUUGUGGUUGGAAUCCAUCCAUCUGCAACCAAUGGGGAAACCAGCGAUGUCUUUUCUGAAGCCCUUCCAAAGACGAAAAGGCCAAACUCCCUGGAUAUUUUCGGAGGAAAGCCUGUAAGGCCAAGCACACUGGAUCUAACCCCGGAUAAGACCGCAGGAGAACUCAGCAAUGAAUCUGUUCCAACAUUGAUCGAAAAGGAAGCAGUGGGGGGCAUUGUGAGCCCACCUAAAGUUGCUGUGGAGAGGACUGAUAGCGGCACAGUUGCCAUGGAGAGGGAGCAUAUCGGUGUGGAGAGGAGUGUGAGCUGCAGCAGUGCUCUUGGACGAGUGGUUAAGAGGACAGGUAUCGAAGCAGGGUUUGAUCCUCUGUCCCUCAUGGCAGCUGAGACUCAAGCCCACAAUGAGGGCGAUAAUGCAGACAACCCAACCGCCCGCCGAGACCUGGCUGAAGAGAUUCACCACUACAUGAACAACAUGAGCAGCCCGUUAAGCCAGCGGUCUCUCAGUGUGGACCUGAAGGGCCGUCAGACCCCGUCUCCUCACAGCUCUCCCAGCAUGUCUGCAGCGCUCAGCUCCCCCACCACCUCCCAACUCCAACCUCAGCCACGAACACGACUCUUCUCCUCGCCCUCCCUCCCUCAGGGCCGUGUGCGCAGGGUCAGGGAGCAGCGGCCCACCUCCCUGGCCUCCCCUUCCUCACCUACUCCCUCCUCUUUCUCCAUGGACUCUCUGCUCACCCCGACCCUGGACGUGUUCAAGAGCAGCUUCCUCUCUGCUGGGAAGGGUGUCGCUGAGAAAGCCAGCCGACUGUAUUCGCGACUUUCCUCCCAGACGUCCAUUGCACAGGACUUGAACUCUGACCGGGUCAGUGUGUCCUCUCUGGGGUCAGGUGACCCUGAUUGUUCCUCUCUGAUUGAGAGCGAUUCCUGUGUAGAUCCCGAUGGGCUCUCUUCCCCGCAGCGCGACACCGCUCAGCCGGUCACACGUCCCAAAAGGAGCCCUUACAGGAGCAACCACUGCCUAGAAAGCCCAUCUGCACCACCUCGACUCUACCGCCAGUCCUCGCUCACUGGUCCACCGCUGACAGUAAUGAAAGCUCUGCAGACCCCAGACGCGUGUUCUGAUUCCAGCCUUUCUCAGUCCAUGCAGAACUACGCUGUUGAAAUACGUAUGUCCAGUUGUUCGCACUGUAACACCUGUGAGAGUUUGGUGUAUGAUGAAGAGAUCAUGGCUGGUUGGACAGCUGAUGACUCUAACCUCAAUAGCACAUGCCCCUUUUGCGGCUCUCCGUUUCUGCCUCUGCUCAAUGUGGACAUCAGAAACCUGGGAGACCAGGAAAGAUCCCCCUCUCUGGAUGCACAUACUUGCCAGACAAACACUGCAGAUGAACUACCACAAGUUUAUGAUGCCGCUGGCAAUAUAUCCAGCAAUGGCAAAAAAGACCCUGAGCCAGUUACCGUGCCCUACCUGAGUCCUCUGGUACUUUGGAAGGAACUGGAAAGCUUGCUGGAGAACGAGGGGGACCAGGCCAUCUCAUCUGCAGCCAUUGUGGAUCACCACCCCAUUGUGUUCUGGAAUCUGGUGUGGUUUUUCCGUAGGCUGGACCUGGCCAGCAGCUUGCCGGGCCUCUAUUUGAGCUCCAAACACUACUGCAGAGAUUCUCAGCCUCUGCAAAAUUGUGUAUCUGAAGACAGUAAGAAUGUCUUGGUCCAGAUCCUGUGGGACAAUCCCAGACUGCAUCAGGACCCCAUCAAGCCUUGCUACUUGCUCUGGAAAUCAUACUGUGCAAAUCCUGCAGUAUCUGAGGAGGAGGAGCAGGCUGUGAGCCUAGAGCUGCUGCAGAGUGUCGUGAAGAGCAUCCAGAAGAACGAUGUCUACCAGCCCAUGAGUCAAAUACUGCAGCUACUGGGCACCAGACUAGGCUUCGUCAGACAACGGAGCUUAUAUAGAGAUAUCCUUUUCCUGUCUUUGGUGGCUUUGGGCAAGAGUAGCAUAAAUAUCGAUGCAUUUGAUCGUGAAUACAAAAUGGCAUAUGACCGUUUGACGCCCAGCCAGGUCAAGAUGACCCACAAUUGUGACCGUCCACCCAGCGCUGGAGUCAUGGAGUGCAGGAGAACCUUUUGGCUGCCCAAUCUCUGAUUCACCUCCUCUCAUUCAUCCCUCUUUCCUUGCAUCCAUCACACAGGAAGGCAUCCAAAGAAGGAACACUUUCAUUCAUGUGAUCCUGAACAUUCAUCGUAACCAAAGCUACCUCUGGCUCCCAUGAGGUCUCUUUCGACACAAGUUCUGUCUAUUUAUGUGACUGUUCUUCUUCAUACACUUCCUGUGAAUACGUAACUUCAUAUAGUCUGUGAUCAUGUUCUUUUUUUUGCAUUUCCCCCUCACUUUUGCUCUUCCAUCUGCCUAAUGUCUUGACCCUCAACCCCUUUCGGAAUCUUGGGGUCACAUUUGAAUCGUCCAGCACCGCUCAGGUAAACUUGAGUUUAGAGGUCAUUGUAGAUUAGGAGCAAUAUCAUUGUGCUCAGGUCAUUCCAUCGCUCCAUUCAUUCACGUCCAGUGAAUCGUGGAGUGGAUUUGGGACCAGUAGCUAUAGAACAAUCAAAUCGAUCACGUUUAGGAUGUGUAGAAGCACAAUGAGCAGCCCCAACAAACACAGUCCCCUUUAGGCCGUUUAGGGGCACUUGUAUAUUUCACGUACAGAGAGACUUUGUGUACAUAGUCUUAUUAUUUUGCAUAUUUGUAUUAUACAGUUAUAUUUUAAGACUGGAAUUUGUUAUAACUGUCUCCAUUUGUAACGACUAUGCUGUUCGUAGUGUAUAGGUUUCUUUUUUGAGCGUGUGCUGUUUGUCGUCCUGGUCCUGGAGACCAGUCGUAUGGUGACCGUCAGUGACACUGUUGUCUUGAGGUACUGAACUGGACCAAAUAUAAACUCUUGACUCACAGUUUACAUGGUGAGAAAAAUAUUUGAUGAGAUUUUGAAUUGAGAAAUGCCUUACCUUGGGGCCAAGAACAGUACGGAGACAAAUUUACAACAGGGUAUAAAGCGAGUAUAAAAUAAAAUUGACUGUUAAUGUGAAUGUGAAGUCAACAUUUUACACUCACUUACAUAAUCCAGUGUGUUUGCCAUGAAGGUACGAAAUUAUACUUUUUUUUGAAACAUUGCUUUAUAUUGUGCAGUGUUGCAUAAACAUGAGUUUCCAUUGUCAAGAUACAUAAAGUACCUGAAGCAUUCAAGCACUUAUUUACUCAGUUCGAACUCUAAACAUGUGGUAACUGGAACUGUUAUAUUUUAAUACUGUUCAUUUUUGAUCAUGUUAAUGAAGAUGCACUUUGAGUCUGUGUGGUUGGGAACAGGAUUGAUGAAGUUUAAAAUGCAAUGGAUUAUGGAAAAGAUGAUAAUACAUGUAACUAUACACAAUGACACAUUGAUGUUAACGCCCCAAGUAAAAAAAAACAAAAAAAAAAACAGAUAAUACUGCCCUAAACAUUUUGGGAUGAAAAAAAAAACUUUGUUUAUUGACCUGAUGCUGUGUAAAAGUAUGAAAAAACAAACAAACAAAAGAAAAAUCCAAUUUACACUGCUGUUAACGUUUAGCAGUUUUUCUAUCACCUGCUUUUUACAUCCAUAUGGCAUAGUAGUGAAACAAACUGACCUAUUUCAUGGAAGCUAAUUUAAAGCGGUUAAUGUGUAAGGUGAUUUGUUUUGUUUGUUUGUUCGUUUUUUUUUAACAAAUCAUUUUAUGUUAGGGCAAUGUGCUUUACAUAUCACUCCUUUUGUUACUUCUAUUUAUAUUUGUAUAUAUCAUUUUGUCAGAUCUGAGCCAGGUCUAUAAAAUUGUUUAGAACUGUAAAUAAACACUUAAAUCGA